ACAUGUAUAGAUAGGCAAGCAUUUAAAUCCCCCUGUGGUGUCUGUGUUAUUUCGCUAUCACCAGAUGUAACUUGAACCCUAUAAUCUGAGUCCACGGCUGUAUGAACACAUACCGUAGAUGCGUACAAUAAGAUUCACCUGAGUUUGUUUUGCUAAACCAAAUAUAUAUCACGAGUUUGAAACAUCUUCAAGACUGGGAUUAUGUAAUGGACAGGAAUCUAUGCAAGUAAAGUGGUAGAACAGAUUCAAGUGGACAAUAACUUUGCUGCAUCAUUUCCAGGCCGUUUUCUGAAACAAGAUGAUUUGCCACCACGGGGUGGUGUUUGCCGUUCUGUUUGUUAUCUCCAUUGCCAGCGCCCAAGAAGAGGAACCAACAUUAAAGGUCUCGCCGUCUCAAAUCGCUGCUCGAGUAGGCGAGAGUGCCGAGUUUGAAUGCACUUACUCGGGUGAUGAAGUAAAGACACUCCUUUGGUUGUUCCCCAAUGAAACUUCUGUAAAUCAGACCGCCCAUCCCCGGUUUUUAGACUCGGAAGGAAAAUUGACCAUCUCUGAUGUCAUGAAUAGUGACGAAGGGGAGUAUGUCUGUACGACUCUGUCACGCGACAUGAACGCCACAGGAACGUUAAAGAUUUUCGUCAUGCCGUCAUAUUUUACGGAGGCCAUGGUUGUGAUGGGUAUAAACAUUGUGCUCGUUUUGAUAUUCAUUGGUUGUGGGGUAAACCAGUAUAUACAGACCAAAAAGGAAAAAAGGAACUUCAAAAAGUCUAUCGCCCAUGACAUUUAAGGAACAAUGACCAAGUUAUCUAAACAAAAUUUCAGUUUUAAAAUUAUCAAAUAAAAUCAAUGUAAUACCCAGUAUAAAUCAUCAAUCAAUCAAUUAAAAGAAGAUAUUGAAUACAUACACAAAUCACAAUUAUGCAUAAAUUUCCUGAUUUAUAUCAUAAACUCACUAGUUAAUUGAUUGAUUGUUUAAGUUUGUAUUUUGUGUCUGAUGAUUGUUUUCUUUUUACAGCAUAAUGCUUAUUUUCAUCUACUGCACAGGUAGUGCGCAUAUUUUUUCAUGCAUCAAAAAUAAAUAUACUCGUUAACAAUAAA